AUGGGGUUAAAGGAUCUUAGUCCCUUCUGGAGCGAGGUAGAAAAAAAGGAGCUAGUUGAUAGUAGCAGCGUCCAGCGUACCUUCACAGGGUUGCCUGACUUUGGCGUGGGCGAGUCCGCGCCCAGCCCCUAUUGCAUGCAUUUGAUGAAGGUGUAUGAAAGUCUGGACGGUUUAACCCGACGAACGGCAAUAAAAGAACCGUCAAUGUCACAAUUGGAGAAGGGGAGGGAGGCACCGUCGAAAAAGGGGAGAGGGAGGAAGGGGGGAAUAAAAGGAAACGGAGCGGGACGAAAGAAGAGGAAGAGGAGGAAGAAGAGGAGUCGAGAAUCGAAGGUCAGGAAGACCCUCGAAAAAAAUAAAAAGGCUCGACACGGAGGGGGCGGUGGUUUGAGGAGAAAUGGAAGAAAGGUGGGAGACGAUGAAGGUGACUGGAUGACAGUCAACGAUCGAGGUCAGCCACACCAGACGCACCAGAUUUCCCCAGCUUUCUCUCUCCUGGGAAUUAACAGGUUGGGGAGGGGGAGGAGGAGAGGAGGAGAGGAGGAGGAUGAACUCUCCAGAGGGAAACGGAAGAAAAGAGAGGAGGAGAGGGAGUUGAGACACAAAGGAGAGGAGAAGAGGAAGAAGAGGAAGAGGAAGAUGAGAGAAGAGGACGAAGAAAAGGGAAGCAGAGAGCGUUGCAAGAAGGUUAGUUAG